AUGGCUUCCACAGUACAAGUCAGAGUCUGGCAGGGCCCACCCUACUUUGUUCUCGAAAACGUUAUCAUCCCGGCCGGUGCGGCGGUGCACGACGCCGCGAAAUACCCCUUCAGCGCGUGGAUGCGCCGCGGCGUCCCGCUGCCGCUGCUGCGGAGCGGCAGCCUGCACUCGCUGCACUCGCUGCCGCCCCUCACGGCGGCGUUCUACUUCCACGCAGCUAUUGGCCGGUACAUCGACAACUGCAUCCUGUUUGUCCGCGGCGUGUACAGUGCCGAGACUGGUGUGGGGGAGAUGAUGGAUCGGGGGGGAGAGGCAGAGGAAGACGAGGAGGAAGAGGAGGAGGAGGAGGAGGAGGAGGAGGAGGAGGAGGAGGAGGAGGAGGAGGAGGAGGAGGAGGAGGAGGAGGAGGAGGAGGAGGAGGAGGAGGGAUGA